AUGUCCAACCGCUAUGCUCCCCUUCCCAAUCCCGUGCCAGUCGAUCAUGGCAUGGAGGUUGAGAUGCAAGCAGCGUUCGACUACGCAGAAGACGACGAAGACGAUCUACACAAUACCACGGAGUCUCGCCCUUUGAACCCUCAUUCUGGUCCUUCUUCACCCCUAGCCACACGACUACAUAUACCAGGAGCGUAUGACUUUGAGUCCGUCGACUACGAUUAUCCGCCUCCAGGCUCCCCCCCAGAGUUAUCUUCGAGUGCCCUCCCAAACAAUAUAGGAAAUUCCAACGGUUUCAUCCCUGCUUUCAACCUUGAUUCGAGCCCUGGGCCUCGCCAAAUCUGGUUCAGAAGAGCUGCCGCCUCCUUGCUACCUUCCCACUAUCUCGAACGCUGGCCCCUCAAUUCAAGGACGCCUGCUGGUCCCGUUGGUGGUGGUACAAAUAAUGAUGGAGUUUUCGCAAAUGUUACGGCCAAGCCAGCUGCCCCUGUGGUUCUGCAAGACGGUGACGAUGCUUAUCUGGUACCUGAGGAUGCAAGGCGAGAAGCACCACCUUCUUACGCUUCUGCCCAAGCAGACGCGGUCCCUCCUUAUUGGGAGACGACAGUUCAUGCACCCUUCUCUCCAGGUUCUGUGGGUGAGAUGAUCGUGGAUUCACUCCCGACUGGAUCCCUCCUCUCAUUUUGCUGGAACAUGCUCGUUUCGAUAUCAUUCCAAUUCGUUGGAUUCCUUUUGACCUAUCUGCUGCACACCAGCCAUGCCGCUCGCUUAGGGUCUCGCGCAGGGUUGGGCGUGACCCUCAUCCAAUACGGAUUUGCGUUGAGGGGCAGAUUGGAUAAUGUAGAUGGAAACGGUGGGGAUGGUGCAUGGAUCGAAUGGAAACCUCAUCCAACCUUUGCAUCAGCAGCAGAUGCUGAUGCAUAUUACGCCGCACAUGGAGUCAACAACUCCAUUACGGUUCCUUCAAGAACAGGUGUGGCGGCAGAUCGAGCAAGCGCGAUAGUUGGUGAUGCUACCGCAGAGUGGUUGUCUUUCUUUCUGAUGACAGUUGGCUGGUUUAUCCUCCUUACCUCUUUCCUUGGGUUUCAUCGCGUGAAGCGUUGGGAACGAAGCAUUCUCGCCUCUCAACGCGAUUCAAGCCGCCCAAUUCCGAUCAGCGUUAAUGCCCCUGGCGUUUCGCGCUUUGAACAAACCUUUGGUCUGCGUGGAAUCUCACGAAUUGCACUCCUUCAACGGGGUUUUGGUUUUGGUAACAAUAGACGAGCGAGCCAGAGUGAGGCAGGAGAUGCAUCCCAGAGCGCGUCUAGAGCAGAGCAAGGGGCAUCUCAUCUCGAUGCCGAAGAAACUGACGCCAUGCUACCUCUAGAUCCCUCCAAUCCUCGCCGUGAAGAAAUCUCACAUUUACUGAUUCAAGAGCGCAGGGUUCAAGCAGCCUUGAGGGAUGCAGGGUUAUUAUAG